UCCUGAGACGGGAAAACAACAUGACAGACGCAAACUCCGAUGUGAAGGACUCUUUUAAAGAUGGCAGCCUGGAGGGGUUUAGUUAUUUUAAAAAAGAUGAGUUUGAAAGUGACUGGGAGAAACUGGUUGAGCGCAAGUUUGGUCGGGUCUAUAAGGUGAAGCUUAAAGUCUUGCGUGAAACAUGUGCUCUGAAGACCACAACCAAUGACUACAGGAACAUAAUGGAGAUUUCCAAAAUUGGAAGAAUGAAGUUCAAUUAUUUGAUCUCCAUUUAUGGAAUCUGCAAAGAUCCGCCUGCUUUAGUGAUGGAAUAUAUGCGAAAGGGAUCCCUGGAUAAUCUCCUUAGCAAUCAUUUGUUAAUGUGGCCCAAAAAGUUCCAGAUGAUCCAUGAGAUGACGAUGGGUAUGAACUUUCUGCACAGCAUGAAGCCGCCAAUCCUUCAUUUGAACUUGAAACCGGCCAACAUUCUUUUAGAUGAUCAUCUGCACGUGAAGAUUUCAGAUUUUGGCUUCAUUAAGUGGGAGUUUUCUAGUAAGACAGAGUUCAUUGAACACCUGAUGGCCAGAGGCAACAUAAACUAUGUGCCUCCAGAGACCUUAAGCCAGAAUCCUGAACCUCCUGGAACAAAGUAUGAUGUGUACAGCUUUUCCAUUAUAAUGUGGGAGAUUCUCACUCAAAAGCGCUCAUAUGCAGGUCUGUCUAUGACAGAAAUAUUAAUCAGAGUGUCAUCUGGCAAAAGGCCUGGUGUAGAGAAGAUCCCUGAAGACAAGCCUCCUGAGUGCGAGGACAUGAUUGGUGUCAUGCAGCAAUGCUGGAAUCAAGACAGCAGAAGCAGACCUCCUUUCUCUAAGACUGUUCGACUGACUGAAGUCCUCAGUGAAGUCCUGAAAAUUCCAGAUACGUUUUCACGGAGGGAGAUAAGAAAGCGUCUGCCUGAACAGCCCAAGAAAACGGCUGACUCCUCAGAUGAUUCAAGCAUUCAGUCUCUGCUUGUAAGAAAAGACUUUAAUAGUUUCAAGAAAGUUGUACGAAAAGAGCAUGUGUCAAUGCUCUUUCAAGACAACAACUCUCUCCUUCAUCACGCCGUGGCAGGCGGGGACAGAGAAAGUGUGCAGAUGGUCCUGAAUCUGGGAGCCUCGGUGAAUUGCCAGAGUGUAAAAGGCUACACUCCUCUCAUCGUCGCAGUUCUGCACAAGUUUUAUGAGAUCUGCAGCUUGCUGACAGACUGUGGGGCUGACGUCAACCUCAGCGAUGGCGACCAGUGGACCGCGCUACAUUUUGCCGUACAGGCUGGCGACGACCGAGCCACUCGAUUUUUGCUAGACAAUAAGGCGAGAGCUGAUGCCAAGGAAAAGGAUGGAUGGACGCCUUUGCAUCUAGCAGCUCAAAAUGGGCACGAGAACAUUGUGAGAAUCUUACUCCGCCGUCUUGACAGCGUGGAUGUGCAGGAGCACCAAUCAUGCCGUACAGCGCUUCAUGUAGCUUCUAUUUAUGGCCACAUAAACAUCGUCAAGCUCUUGCUCAAUAAAGGAGCUGACAUCGACAAACAGGAUAACAACCAAUCCACUGCCCUACACCUGGCGGCAGAGGAGGGGCACUUCAGGGUGGUCCGUUUACUGGUUAAUAGUGGAGCUGAUGUGAAUAAAGUUGAUGAGCAAAGCUACAGCUCUCUUCAUUUUGCAGCUCUGAACGGUUAUACAGGUAUCUGUAGACUCCUCUUAAGUAAAGGAAUCGACCCCAACAGCAGAACUAAUAAGAACUGGACCGCCAUGCACCUGGCAGCCCUGAAAGGCCAUCCGGAGAUUAUCCUCACCUUGGAGGAACACCAAGGCUCAGUCAACAUUCAAGGGAAAAACGGCUGGACGCCUUUGCAUCUUGCCUGUCAUCAUGGACAAGAGGAGGUGGUGACUGGGCUGCUGACAGCAGGUGCUGAUCCAAACUUGGCUGAGGAUAACGGCUGGACUCCCCUCCAUUUAGCCUGUAAUAGCAGCAGCUUCCCUAGCGUGCUGCAGUUGAUAUCCCAUAAAGCUAAUGUGAAUGCUCAGAAUAACAGCCAGUCAACACCCUUGCAUUUAGCCGCCCAGCUCAGCAACAUCCCCAUCAUCAAAGCCCUUCUGAUGAAUAAUGCACAGCGGGAGAUGCAGGACUCCAAAGGAUGUACCGCCUUAACCUUGGCUCAACAGUGCAACAAUUCAGAAGCCGUGGAGCUCCUGGACAGCUAGUGCUUGGGUUGAGAGCGAGCCAUGUUCGGUGACAGAUAACUCGGCCAUUAGAGGGAGUACAACAUUGAUUUCUCCCAUCGAUUUCCUUCCUCCUGCAAAGCCUGCUCUUAUAAACACUCUGGCUGUUGUUUUUGAUUUAGAUUCCUUGAAUUUAACGCCUUUGUUUGGGUUUGUGAAGAGCUCAGGUGUGCUCUAAGUGUUAUGAAUGAGGGGUUUUAUGACCAGC